GACAGACAAUCAGAAAUGACAGUGUCAGUGUCACAAUGAUUGUCCUGCUAAAGUGAAAAUAAAAUCAGGCAAGUUCUUAAAAAUCACUAUUUCAUCACCAAAAAUACCUGUUUUAAACUUUAUUCAAUCAACUAUACUUAUUUAGAAAAUGGAAACUGAAGAUAAUGAAUUAGCAGUCUUAGAAAGUAAGCACCGAAAAGAAAAAAAGGAAUUACAAGCCCAAAUACAAGCGUUGAAAAAAGCCGCAAAGAAUGAUAAGACCAAGAAGAAAGAGUUAACAGCCGAAAUAUUAAGGUUAGAAACUGAAAUGGAUACAAGGCAUCAGCAAGAAAUAGAUUCUGCCAAUAAAAACCAUAAAGACACCAAUGAAAUAACAGAUACUGCUCUCAACAAUGUAGAAAAUGACCUAUCGAAAGUGAAAAUUUCAAAAGCCCAGAAACGCAGAGACAAAAAAUCACAGCAAGAAAAAGAAAGAGAUGAACUAAUAAAGCAACAAGAGCAGGAAAAUCGACAUGGUCCAAGAAAUAUUGAAUUGCAGGAAAUUAAUAAUAAAUUGAAAGAAAGAGGACUUAAAAUAUUCAUGAUACCAUCUGACGGUGACUGUUUGUAUAAAGCUGUCUCUCACCAGUUGGCAAUCAUCAAGCAGAAAGAUGUAUCUGUAGAUGAAUUAAGAGAAAGUGCUGCAAAGUACAUAAGGCAACACAAAGGUGAUUUCCUUCCAUUCAUGACACAUCCUGACACAUUUGAAAUGUUAACUGACGAAGAUUUUGAGGAGUAUUGUGACAAACUUGAGAAUACUAAAGUGUGGGGUGGUCAGUUGGAGGUUAGAGCCUUGUCCAAUUCUUUGAAAUGCCCAAUAACAAUAAUUCAAGCCACUGGACCCGGUUCAAUUGAUCAAGGAGAUGAAUAUGAGAAACCACCUCUAAUAAUAACAUAUCACAGACAUAUGUAUGGACUGGGUGAACAUUAUAACUCAACUGUUCAAGGUGAAAUUGAAGCUUAGCUCAAUCAAUUCUAUUUAUAAGAUGUAUUUAGGUAAUACUACAAUCCCAGGCCAAUCACACUACUGGAAUGUGUACAUAGUACAUGCUAUGCCAUAAUGCAUUUAAUUAGUGAUUACUAAAGUACAUGUAAAUAUUACUUUAUGUCCACAUUUCUGGUUUUUAUAUUUUAUUUAAUUUAAUAAAUAAAGUAACUAUUUUAUAUAAAAA